GAGAGCUGGGGGAUUUAACCGAGGUCGUGCAGCCUGCUGCAGCCCACGUUAUUUGGGAAUAAAGCAUUAAAGGGAAACCAUGAGAUGGCAUUCAAAGGCAGAGCGGUCGACUCGAAGACCGUGCUCCUCAACCUGCUGCUGUGUCUGCUCAUAUUUUACUCGCUUUUCUACAUGAUCGGGAGCGUCUGCUUUGGUGCCUUCAGGUUGGACCACUUUGAUGGACUGAUUCCUUUUGACUUUAAGACCGAACCUACCGAAUCCAACUCCAAAUACUUGGUGAACCUCCUGUCCUUGGAGCUCACCUACUUUUGCAGUGGCCUUCUGUUUGCCGCAGUGGUGAGGAGGCGGGUUUGGGACUACGCUCUCACUGUCACACUGGUGCAUGUAAUGAUCACCAGCCUAGUAAUGUUGGAGUUUCCUACUGUGUGGCAGUGGUGGCUGGCUUUAGGCAGUGGCUUGUUUCUGAUGAUUUGCAACGGUCAGUUGAUUGCUUACUUCACAUGCCAGAGUGAGCAGAGCUACGCCUCCUUCAGCAUCUACUGACAGACUGAAAGCCACCCUCCCUGUGUCCAAACUGUUCCACAGUCUUGUGAAGUGAGGUAGAAAGGAUCAGAACAGAUGCUCUCCUUUUUUCUCUUUUUUUUUUGAGGGGAAGACAUCCAUUAGCUUCUCCACAGUGAUGGGCUUUUUCUGUUCAUCACUAAAAUUAGACACCAAAACACCACACGUGAAGUCGGAGCUGGGGUCCAAUUUGUGUUUUAGUGUUGCCAAUAGGCUGGCAUCCUGUUGUUGUUUUUAUCUAAACACCGCAUGGAGAUGCUUUCUGUAUUUUGCUCUGUCACUAUGCAGCAAUAAAGCAGCCAGUGAAGUAUUUUGAGUGCACUUGUAAGCUGUGAAUGUAAUGUUAGAAUGAGAAUUUUGCAGUACACAUUGUAUAUUUUAAUAUCCUGUAAAUGCAAAGUGUUGAAAAAUAAAUCUACUCCAAACUGUU